AUGACCCCGUCCAGCUAUGACAAUACUGGUCCUGUUGCUGAUGUUAAACAUGAUGGGGGUAUGGGACAGAUUGCGUCCGGAAAAUUCACUUCUAGCUGGGGGCUAUUGAAAUUGGAACACAAUGCAGCAUUGAAGGCUAUGUUGCACCUCAGUUCCAUGCAUGGUGCACCAUCUAGUCGUUAG